AUGGCGGUGGCGGUCCCCUCUGUCACAGUGUGUGUGAAGGAUGGCAGCCACAGACAGAAGUGUCUGUAUGGCUGUUACGUCCACUCCUCCAUCAUCCCCACGUUCCACCGCAGGUGCUACUGGCUGCUCCAGAACCCUGACAUCGUGCUUGUCCACUACUUGAAUGUGCCGGCCAUAGAGGACUGUGGGAAACCAUGCGGGCCAAUCCUGUGCUCCAUCAACACGGACAAGAAGGAGUGGGCCAAGUGGACCAAGGAGGAGCUGAUUGGCCAGCUCAAGCCCAUGUUUCAUGGCAUCAAGUGGACUUGUAGCAACGGGAACAGCAGCUCUGGCUUCUCAGUGGAGCAGCUGGUGCAGCAGAUUCUGGACAGCCACCAAACCAAGCCACCUCCCCGGACCCACAACUGCCUCUGCACGGGCACCCUGGGCGCAGGGAGCAGCGUGCAUCACAAGUGCAACAGCGCCAAACACCGCAUCAUCUCCCCCAAGGUGGACCCCCGUGGAGGCUACAGCAGUGGUCACUCUGAGGUCCAGAACAACGACGUGUCCGAAGGCAAGACCGAGCACAGCAGCCAUGGAGGAGGGGAGAAACGCAAUGGAAAGGUCCACAAGCCUGUUCUCCUGCACCAGAACAGCACAGAGGUGUCCUCUACCAACCAGGUGGAGGUCCCAGACACCACCCAGAACUCCCCUGUGUCCAUCAGCAGUGGCCUGAACAGCGACCCAGACAUGGCUGACAGUCCCGUGGUGACGGGCUUGGGCCAUGUAGCCGCCGUCAUGUCCCAGAGUGUCUUCAUGUCCGAGGUGACCGGAGACCCCGUCUACAGCAUGUCCCCCACAGGGGGCCCCAACACCCACCUCAUGGGCCCCGACGCAGCCUCCCAGGGCCUGGUGCUGUCCGGUGUUGUGGCAGACAGCCACAAGUUUGCCUUCCCCAGCGGAGGAGCUAGGGAGGGGGGAGCAGACGGGCUGUCCAUGCUGUCUGCAGCCGGGGUGUCUGAAGAGCUGGUCCUAUCCAGCAGCCUGGAUAACGGAGGCAUGAAGAUACCUGAGACCACCAUGAACUUCGACCCUGACUGCUUUCUCAACAACCCCAAGCAGGGCCAAACCUAUGGGGGCAGCAGGCUGAAGGGGGACGGCAGCUCCUCCUCCUCCUCCUCUUCCUCCAACGGCACCAAUGGCAGCAUGCAGCGCUCUCCCUCCAUGUCAGACUCUGGAUACAGCUUCAACUCUGCUCUGGUGAAGAACAUCAAGACGGAGGACAUGUCCUUCGAGCAGCAGCUGGCCACCGAGCAGGGAUACCAGGUGGGGGUGGUGGUGAGCUGUGGAGGAGGUGKRKCUKGUUCCUCUGGGGCWRGUUCAGCACAGRGCUCCCUCGGCCUGACCCCUGCAGGCUCUCUGCUGCCCUCUGGAGGAGGCCUGAGCCCCAGCACCACCCUGGAGCAGAUGGACUUCAGUGCCAUCGAUGCCAAGCAGGAMUACYCSUCCGGGGCUGGGWCAGUGGGCUAUGGCCAGSCUAURAACAGCCCCCACCUCUCCCACCAGAGCCACUCGCCCAGCUUCUUCCUCCAGGACACCCAGCAGCCCGGCCAGGCCCAGCAGGGCAGGUCCUCCAUGGGCCAGAAGACUCAUCUGAUGGAGCACAACUCCCACGACUCCACAGCCUACAUGAGCCUGCAGGUGGUCAAGACGGACUCCCCUGGCAGCAACGGCCAUCUCCACCACCACCACCAGAGCCACCAGGGCCAGCAUAGGGCCAACUGCAACGGGGGCUCCCCCACCGAGGGGCCAGGGCAGGGGCCUGGGUCUCUCCAGCUCCUGCAGUACCAGGGGGGCUUCCCUGGGCUGGGGCCGGAGCAUGAGGAGGUGGUGGGUCUGGAGCAGCCAGGCAGCGUGAGCUCAGGCCAGGCCGGGGGAACAGAGAACGGAGAGGGUCUACUGAAGCCUGGGGAUCACCUCCAGGCCUGUGGAGGAGGCAACCAAGAGGGAGGAGGUGCAGAGCACUACCUGCAGCAGGCCAAUGACGGAGGAGGAGGUCAGGGAGGUGGAGGGAAAGGAGUGGCCAUGCACAACGGAAAUGGCGUCAACAAUGACGGCAGCGACCGCUCCCAGCAACAGCAGCAGCUGCAGCCCCUCCUCCAGGGGGCUGGGAUGGUCCAGGGCCUCUACAAUACUGUGGGCCACCACCAGGGCCUGGGCGGAGCGGGCUCCAAUGGGGUAGCAGGAGGGGGAGGCAUGGAGAUCAGCCUGGACCACUUCGACAUCUCCUUCGGGAACCAGUUCUCUGACCUUAUAAAUGACUUCAUCUCUGUGGACGGUAGUGGAGCCAACAUGACGGCCGGAGGAGCCCUCUACACCCACCAGCUGGUGGGCAACCACGGCUCAGAUGGCCAGGCCACACCUAGCGGAGCUCCUCAGCAGGACCAGGAGGACGGAGGUGUAGGAAGGGCCCGGGGAGCAGGAUACAGCCCCUCAGAGCUUUGUCUCCAGCCCUGCUGCAGCCCCCAGUCGCUUGGUGGAGGUGCCGGGGGUGCAGGGGUGGAGCCAGGCUCCCUGGCCUACAUGCAUGUGGCGGAGGUUGUGUCUGCAGCCGUGGCCCAGGGGGCUCUGGGUAUGCUGCAGGCCACUGGGAGACUCUUCAUCGUCACUGACUACUCCCCUGAGUGGUCCUACCCUGAGGGAGGAGUGAAGGUGCUCAUUACUGGUCCAUGGCAGGAGGCCAGCUCUAACUACAACUGCCUGUUUGACCAGGUCGCUGUCCCUGCCUCUCUCAUCCAGCCGGGGGUGCUGCGCUGCUACUGCCCAGCUCAUGACACUGGGCUGGUGACGCUGCAGGUGACAGCCAGUAACCAGAUCAUCUCUAACUCAGUGGUGUUUGAGUACAAGGCCCGCGCCCUGCCCUCACUGCCUUCCUCACAACACGACUGGCUCUCACUGGACGGCCAUGGCUUUAUCCAGGGCAUGGCUUUACCCCAGGGCAUGACUUUACCCCAGGGCAUGGCUUUAUCCCAGGGCAUGGCUUUACCCCAGGGCAUGGCUUUAUCCCAGGGCAUGGCUUUAUCCCAGGGCAUGGCUUUAUCCCAGGGCAUGGCUUUACCCCAGGGCAUGGCUUUAUCCCAGGGCAUGGCUUUACCCCAGGGCAUGGCUUUAUCCCAGGGCAUGGCUUUACAGUACUAG